UGUUAUGGGCUUUCUGGAAGAAGCAAGCAUGACAUAACCCACACACAAGGAGGAGGGGGUCACCACUUCAUGACAUUGUGCAAUGAGCAAGCACAACAGAAGCAUCCUGACUGACAAGUAUAUGGUUCACCCUGUCAUUCUUUCUCCUGGGGGGCUUGGAUCUUACUCAAAUUGAUAUCAUGAGCAGGCUGGUGCUAAGUGGGAAAACUGGCUUCGUGAACAUCCUUCAUGAAACAAAAAAAGACACAAAAUGCUGGAGUAAUUCAGCAAGUCAGCAUCUCUGAUGAACAUGGAGGGUGACAUUUCGGGUCUGGACCUUUCUUCAGACUGAUUAUUGUGGGAAGGUGGAGAAGAAAGCUGGAAGAGAGGAGGGUCAGGACAAAGCCUGGCGAAUGAUAGGUGGAUACAGGCACCUGGCGUUUGAAGAAGUGGUUGAGAACGUGCUGACCGCUUAGCCAGGAUGGUCGAUGCUGUCCUAGUUGACCUCUCAGAUGUUCCCUGCCGCUGCCUCCGUAAGUGGUUCCAUCGAGCGACAGACAUCAUGAGCAAACAUGGUCUCCCUGCAAGUGCACAGGUGUUCUUGGUGUCCAGCCAGAAUAAUGCAGACCUAGUGAACGCUGACGUCAAGGACUGUUUGUGCCAACUCGAGGAGGAGAUGCCGGUGCCAAAGAAAAAGCUGGAGGUCUUGGUGGAAAGCAGCUUUGCUGCCAUCCUGUACUCUAUCAAGCGGAAGGUUGACCAACAGAACCUCAGUGUCAUUAAGGCCAUCGUGUCCGCAGAGAGGAAAAGCACACUUGAGCUUUAUGUCGAGCAGCUUUUUACUGCGGUUUACAAAUUUUCAUUUGAGGUGCUUGUUAUAGACGGUGAAGGGGAAGUAAAUCUGCAGAUCCCAGCACCCUUCACUGGAGGAUGUCCACUCUCACAUCAGCAAGCAGAUGGCAUCUGGACGGACAUCAGGGGAUUCCUGGCACAGCUGGAAGGCUUCAUGGGUCACAUAGUGGUUCUGAAGUCCCUGCUGAUAUCAGAUUUAUUUCUUCAUGGCUUCACCACCCGAACCGGCGGCAUAUCGUACUUGCCGGGCCUGAGCUCCUUAAAUCUCUACAGCAGCUGGAAGCGUAGGGACCCUGUAGCCGUGGUGAAUGAUAAUGUGCAGCGCUUGGCUCAGGCUGCAGGGUUUAACACACAGACAUUCCACCUCGCCAAGGUGAAGCAUGGGAACAUCAUCUGGACCAUUGGGAAAACUGAGCCCGAGUUGUACGAUGGAAUUGUGACCAACCAGAAGAAUGUCACCAUAGCAGCGCCGGGAGCAGACUGCAUCCCUCUCCUGUUUGCAGAUCCCGUCCAACACGCAUGUGGAGCGGCCCACGCAGGUAACGUUACCUUUAAUUCCCAUUGGAACAGCAAUCAGAAGCAGGAAGGCAACCUGCCCAUCGAGCUGCUCCACCACUCAACGGUCAUGACUGAUCUGAUUGUAACCUCAAUUCCAUGUUCCAUCUACCUGCAGUAACCUACAUGAAGAAUCCAUCUACCUCACUAUAUUCAUCAAUGAGUGAGGGAGGAAUAGCCACAUAAUCCAGUCAGGUACUAAGCAAAGGCAGGUAGCACAAGUGCAAUGGGAUAUUGAUGCAUAAACAUGCCGCAUAAUUAUUUCUCUAUUGGGAAUGCACUAGAUAGAGUCAUAGAGCCAUAUAAUGUGGAUACAGGCCCUUCAGCCCGUCAUGUCCCAGCUACAUUAGCCCCACCCACCCGCAUUUGGUCCAUAUCCCUCCAAACCUGUCCUAUCCAUGUACCUGUCUAACUGCUUCUUAAAUGUUGGAAUAGUCCCUGCCACACUUGGCAGCGUGUUCCAUACGCCCACCAAACUUUGUCUGAUGAGUCUUUGUGUGAUGUGUGGACAUAGUUGAGUCCGUCCAUCAUACAUUGGCAGAUGCAGUUCCCACCCUCCAGUCCUCUGAUGCUUUCCCCCUUUCCUGUUUUCCAUGGCUCCUGGCCUCCACAUGUCACCCCU